AGGGUUUCUACUUCACGGAUUUUGUUUAUCACGGGUUCUUUUUGGAACGUAACCCCCACGAAAAACAAGGGUUUACUGUAUCUUCCUUCUGUUUCAGCCUCACAAAUACAAGCUCCUCCUCUCAUUCCUGACGCUCCACCUGCUUCCCCUGACGAUGGAAUCUCUGCUGGGCCGAGCGGCCAACCGGAUACGGUUCUACACGUAGCUGGGAUUGAGAAGUAGCCAGCUCCAGCUGUCCUCCCUCCACCUCCAUCUGCUGGCAAUGCAGAGGUGAUGUGACCUUAGCUGCAGCUUUUUGUGUCUCUGUGUCACUAACAGCAGUCAUACAUUAAAGCUGCUUCAUGUUGUCUCUUCAGCUGCUGCCUGAGUCCUGGCGGGCAGCUCUCACUGCAGAGCAGCAGCAGUGGAUCGGGCGGGUGUUGUUCACCAGGGACAGCUCGGGGAGGUCCAAGCUCAUCACUGAGCUGAAUCUGUGGUGGAACCCUCCCCAACCCCGCCCAAUCUACCACCAACCUCCCGCGUCCCCUGACCUGUUCUUCACAUGUCGGCUGUUCCUGUGGAUGCCCCACAAGAUCUGGGGUCUUCAGCUGACAUGUCCCCAGCCUUUGUGUGGCGGGCCACUGACGAAGGCUGGGCUGUACAGGACCAUCCGGAGGGUCCUGGACAUCGAUGGCUGGUAACUCAUGGCCACGGAGUACCUGGAGUGCCGUUGGUGUAAGAAGAAGGUCGGGGGGGUGGUCACAGGGGAUCAUAAGGCAGCUGGCUCCCACCCACAGCUGCCAGUUUCCCGCUGUACUCACGUACAAGCUGUCCUGUGACCAAAUGGUGGUUGCACAGCUCAGGUCUCACACGUUGGGAGACAGUGCCAACCGGCUGUACAACACCCUGCAGGAGCAGCACUCAGACUCCUGGAUGCGGAGAGCGACCCACUACCUUGGCGUCUGCAAGCAGUUCCUGGCCUUGAACAUUGUGGGGGGGCAGUUUCAACCACCUCCACCUAUGCCCCCUCUUCCGUCACCCGUCUGGCUGCUGACGGUGUACGGCUACGACGUCCUGACGCGGCUGGACGAGUACAAGGCCAGGAUCACGUCUACCUUUGGAUCCAUCUUAAAAAUGGAUUCCACCAAGAAGGUUUGGGAAUGUUUUCUCCUGUGGAUUCUCAAACAGAAGAGUGGGGGCAGCUGCCUGGUGGUUCGACUUGACAUUUGGUACCUGAUGCGGCGCUUUGCGUCAGGUGUGACCACUGAGAGCCACCAGCUCCAUCCCACCUUCAUGAGGCAGCUGUCUCACUGCAUCUUCCAGGUGGACCCCGGAGGUGCCCGCCCAUGA